AUUUAUUACAGCUAAAUCUAGUAAAGAAUCAUUUGAUAUUGGUAGACAAAAAACUCUAAAUAUGCCAGGAUCGCCUAUGAUAAACACUAAAAAACAAUUUGUUCCACAUGUUGUUCUUCAAGACAACAAAAAGAGAGUACCUAAAACACAUUGCUGCUACUUUUGUCACAAGUUGAUUAAAGAUCAAAUUAAAAGACACAUAUUAAAAUGCCAUAAGGAUGAACAGGAAAUUAUUGACGCUAGACUUACAGGAAGUUAUCAAUCCACAGUUCUAAAUAAAUUAAUAAAUUUAUGCGAUUAUUAGUAUAAUUCCAACCCAAUAUCCGAGGGUCAAGAAAAACUAGUGGCUAGGAAAUUAAAUCAUAUAAAAGACAAUAUGGCUACAAAUGACAAGUCACAAUUACCAGAUGUGAAAUCCGGAGAUGAAUAUGUGCCAUGUGAAGGAUGCUUUAAAUCGUUUAGACGUUUUACAUUGAGAAAGUAUAUUUGCCCUUUUAUGGAUCGAGUUUCUGACGCAAGAGGGGUGCUUCAAGCAUCGCAAGUAUUAAUACCAGAUGUUCACCCAAUAGCUAAUUUACGUUUAAGAAAUUUAGUUUUGAGCAUUAUACAAAGAGGUGAAAUUCGGGACGUAGUAAAAGUAGAUGAAACAUUAAUUGCAUAUGGCAAUGAUCUAAUAGAUUUCCAUACAAAAGAUCAAGAUAUUCAUAUGGUGUCUCAUAAUCUGAGGACAUUGGCAGAUAUUUAUAGACGUGUGAAAGCAACAUGUCCGGAAAUUCAUCAGUUUAGUGAUAUAUUUAAAGAUAGAGCACGUGCACACAAUCUUUCAAUUGCGAUGCAAGAAAUGACUGGAAAAAAUGAGAAAACUGGGACUAUAGUGAAGGGAAAUAAUAUCAGAGACUAUAGUGCCUUAUUGGCAAAGUUCAUAAAAUUUUAUAAGUUGUAUUUAGUAGAGAAGCAUGCAACAUCUUUAAUUUCUGAAUUUGAGAUAUUUAAAGUAGUCUUAGAAGGAAAAUUCAAGCUAUUAAAUAGACAAGCAAGGAAUUGUUUGGUCGAAAAAGCAAAAUAUCAACCACCUCAAAAGAUACCAAAAGUUUCAGAUAUACAAAGAUUAUGUACUUACAUACAAGAACGACAUGAUGAAUCAUUUGAGAUUUUAAUUAAAGGUUUUAAUUAUCUAGCAUACAAAACCUUGAACGAAACAGCAUUGCUGUUAAUCCUUUUGUUUAACAGAAAGAGGCAAGGAGAAAUUUCUAGGUUAUUGAAAAAUGAUCUUGCCCCACACUGUAUUUAUCGUUUAAACGAUAAUUGUGCUGGUGAUGAAUACACAAAGUUAGAUGAAAAAUCAAGAGCUACAAUACAGCAGUAUGUUCGAUUAGCCAUAACCAACAAAAAAGGAUUAAAAAAUGUUGAUGUAAUAAUGCAUGAAAGUUUACUCAGAAGUAUAAAUCUGAUAUUAAGUUACAGAGAGUGCCAAGAGACAGGCAUUAAGAAAGAAAAUAAAUAUGUUUUUGCUAAAGCUUCUAAUAAUAAACAUAUAGAUAAACAUUAUAUUGCAUGGGAUAUAUUACGUGAAUACACAAAAGUAUGUGGCGUUGCAGAACCUGAACUCUUGGGAGGAACAGAGUUGCGAAAGCAAUUAGCUACAAUGAUGUUCGGUAUGAAGCUUCAAGAAGAAAGUCUGAAAUACUUAGUUAAUUUUAUGGGACAUGAAUAUGAAAUACAUAAAGCUUACUAUCGUCAAAGAAUUCCUAUUCAGGAAUUAUCCAUUUUGGCACCUCUUCUUGAAAUGGCACAAGGUUUAACAUCCAGAUCAACGGUAUCACAUCACAAUGCUAAUAUACAAAAUACGACACAAGAUGCUGCUAAUUCACAAGAGAUUGCUAAUGCACAAGAAAGUAUUCAUAAAGAAUCUCAUUUAGAUGCAAGCAAAGAUGCGGAUGCAUCCAUAGGAAGCAACUAUAAGCCUGAUUCGUCUUACAUAGAUUAGUAAUCAAAGUUUUGAAAUUAUUUUUACAAAUAACAAAUACAUGUAUAUUUAAAUAUCAAAAUGAUUUUUUAUUUAGACACAGCUGAAAGUGAAAACGAUCAAAUUGAACAAGAAGAACCACUGAAAUCAACAUUUCAAUUUAAAAUUUGACAAGAAAUAAAAAAAGAAAAAGAGAGAUGAAAGAAGCAGAUAUACUAAGAAAAAAAGGGAAUAAAGCACGUUACUGUGAAGAUAACGCUACUGCGAAGCCAAAAGUUCGUAAGAAUCAACCGUGGACCAAAGAUAUGAAUAAUUCUAUAAGCGAAUAUCUUAAGAAAUAUCUACUACCGUCUAAAAUAUCUAAUGAGUUUAUUGAAGAGUUGAAAAUAGAAUGCCCUUCAAUCUCUCAAAGAACGAACUUUGUAAUUCGUGCUCAGUUACAUAACCAUUUUAAAAAAAGGAUUUAAUUUUGUUAUAUGAUAGAUUGGUUAA